GGACAUGGGGAGGAAGGGGAAUUGGCACAAGGGGACUCCGUACGUAAUCGAUAAUCCGUAUAUAGUAGGGGCAGUUGUGGGUGGGGGAAGAGCGAGAGAGUGAGGGGACGAAGGGUGUCUUUUGUUGAAAUCGCAGCGGAUAGCGGUCGCAGAGAAGAGGAAAAUGCCGUGCUUGAACCUGUCCACAAACGUCAAGCUGGAGGGCGUUGACACCUCCGCCAUUCUGUCUGAGGCCACCUCUACUGUUGCCAAACUCGUCGGCAAGCCUGAGGCUUAUGUUAUGAUUGUGUUGAAGGGGUCUGUACCCAUGUCAUUUGGUGGAACUGAGCAGCCAACUGCCUAUGGUGAGUUGGUUUCUAUUGGGGGACUCAACCCUGAUGUGAACAAGAAGCUGAGUGCUGCAAUUUCCAACAUUCUUGAGACAAAGCUUAAUGUGCCAAAGUCGCGUUUCUUCCUGAAAUUCUGUGACACCAAGAGUUCCAACUUUGGAUGGAAUGGGUCUACCUUCUAGGUUCCGUAUUUGCAAAUGUUGAGCUUGUUGACCACGGGGCUCAGAAUUUGGAAAAUAUGCAUCUUCAAUGUUUGUGUAGUAGUACUUGUAUUAUGUUCCAAGCAGAUUAUGUUGAUGCUCCAGAGCAUCCAUCUUUAGAGAAGUAUGCAAUUUAAUAUACUGGAUAUUUUGAGAUCGGUUUGAACAAUCACUAGAUGCAUCUCAAUGCUGUUCAGAAAUAUGUGGCUCACUUUUAUUUCUUGAGCACAUGGCGCAGGCUGGUGAAUUAAUGCUACAUCAUGCAGAUCUGAAUGGAA